GCUGCUCCGCGCCCCGCCACCGGCUCCGCCACCUACCGCCGGCCCCUCCGCGGCCCCCCGGACCCUCCGCCAGCAUGCCGGGAGCGGCGGCCGUGCUGGCCAUCGCCCCUCUCUGGCUGUCCCCAGGUGUGCUGCUUGCCGUGUGCCAGGCACUGGAGAACUCCACGGCCCCCUGGAGCGCUCCAGGUCCCCCAGUGGCAGCGGCGGUGAGGUCCCACUUCAACGACUGUCCUGACUCCCACAGCCAGUUCUGCUUCCACGGCACCUGCCGCUUCCUGGUGCAGGAGGAGAAGCCAGCGUGUGUAUGCCACUCUGGGUACGUGGGCACACGGUGUGAGCACGCUGACCUCCUGGCCGUGGUGGCUGCCAACCAGAAGAAGCAAACCAUCACUGCCCUGGUGGUGGUGUCAGUGGUGGCCUCGGUGCUGCUCAUCGGCGUCUGCGUCCUCAUACACUGCUGCCGGCUGCGGAAGCGGUGCCAGUGGUGCCGGGCACCCAUGGGUGCCCAGGAGAAACCAGGUGGGCUCCUCAAAGGGGGCACCUCCUGCUGCCACGCUGAGACGGGGGUCUGACGGAGCCAAGGGGGGGUGCCCACCACCGCCCCCCCCACCCCGGGAGGCCCACACCAGGACCAGCACAGCAUCUCCCCCUCUGCUUUGGGGCUUUCCUU